GACAGGCUGAGAGGAUAACGGCUCGGACUGCUUUCUGAUAUUUGGAUCAUGCAAAUUCAUCUUUUUUUUAAAUUAAAAUCUGGAGUUCAAUAUUGCUCUAAUAUAGAGGCAUCCUCCCAUAACUCCAGCGGCUUCUAAUCUUGCAGCAUUUCUCCGUGAACGCUCCGCCCGACAGCAGCACAUGACGCUACAAGUUAAAACCAGGGUCUGAGUUUCUGAUGCAGGGUUUGAAGCUGAGCCCGCCCUCUCGGAUCUCGGUCUCUGCUCGCCCUUAAACUCUCUCAAAGCAACAAAAAUGAUUAUUUCACGCCUGAGCCCAGCGGAGCAGAAGCAGAGCAGAGAUCGUCUCCGGUCCGCAGUCGGGUCUCUAUGCUUUCUGUAAUUAAACUGCGUCGCUGCGCGCUGGAGCCUCUGUUAAGUUAAAAGAAGCCAAGGCCGAGUGAGCAUUUAGGGUGAAAACAUCCGGAUCUCAGCAUGCACACCGCAGAUGCAGACCCGGACAUGAGCAGCGGCCCGGCUCCAGCAGCAGCAGCCCCGGCCUCACCGAGCCAGACCCCCGCUGAGGGCGCAGUCAGUGCGCUGUGGUCGUAUGGAAAAUGCCUCGCUGCUCUCCUCCCCGUCUACCUGGCUGGGUAUUACGGUUUCAGCAUAAGCUUGGUUCUGCUUGGGCUGAUGAUCUACAUGGGAUACAAACACAGCCGGCUGGAGAAGGAGAUGCGUCUCAAGUCUACUAUGUACCUCCAGGAGAACGAGAAGGAGUUCACCAUCCAGAAGCAUUUUAGAUCCAGGAGGGAUCUACCUCCAUGGAUCAAUUUCCCAGAUGUGGAAAAAGUGGAGUGGCUGAAUAAGAUCCUGCAGCAGGCCUGGCCCUUUGUUGGCCAGUACCUGGAGAAGCUUCUGGUGGGAACCAUCGCUCCCGCCAUCCGAGCUUCCAACAUUCAUCUGCAGACCCUCAGCUUCACUAAGGUCAACCUGGGAGAAAAGGCGCUGAAGCUGGUCGGUAUAAAGGCACACACGGAACAGGAUAAAAGACAAGUCAUGUUGGAUUUGUACCUCAGCUACGCUGGUGAUGUGGAGAUAAAUGUUGAAAUCAAGAAGUAUUUCUGCAAAGCCGGCGUGAAAGGAGUCCAGCUCAAUGGGAAGCUGCGUGUGAUCCUGGAGCCUUUGAUCGGAGAUAUGCCGCUUGUCGGAGCCAUUACCAUGUUCUUUAUUCGCAGGCCUAAACUGGACAUCAACUGGACUGGACUUACUAAUCUGUUGGAUAUCCCUGGUCUUAAUGCCAUGUCAGACACGAUGAUAAUGGAUGCAAUAGCUUCCCACCUGGUGCUCCCUAACCGUCUGACCGUUCCCUUGGUGGCAGAUCUGCAUGUGGCGCAGCUUCGCUCCCCGCUGCCAAGGGGAGUUGUUCGUAUCCAUCUGCUGGAAGCUGAAGACCUUGCAGCCAAGGAUACUGUCAUCAAGGGGCUGAUUGAUGGGAAGUCUGACCCAUAUGCUGUGCUGCGCGUAGGAACACAGAUCUUUACCUCUCACCAUGUGGACAGCAACCUGAACCCGCAGUGGAGGGAGAUGUAUGAGGUUAUUGUCCAUGAAGUACCUGGUCAGGAGUUGGAAGUGGAAGUGUUUGACAAAGACCCAGACCAGGAUGACUUCCUGGGGAGGGCCAAGAUCGAUCUGGAUAUCGUGAAAAAGGCCAGGAUUGUGGAUGAUUGGUUUAAUCUGAGAGACGUCUCUUCCGGCAGCAUCCACUUGCGGCUGGAGUGGCUCUCUCUGCUGUCCUCUGCUGACAGACUAAGUGAGGUGGUUCAAAAAAAUCAGAACUUGACAGCCAAGUCAGCGGAUCCCCCAUCUGCAGCCAUCCUCGCCUUCUAUCUUGACCAAGCCUAUGCGCUGCCUCUUAGGAAAGGAAACAAGGAUCCAAGCCCAAUGGUGCAGAUUACAGUUCAGGAUGCUACUAAAGAAAGCAAGAUCUGUUACGGCACUAACAGCCCUGUUUGGGAGGACGCUUUCACUUUCUUCAUUCAAGAUCCUCGCAAACAAGAUAUUGAAAUUCAGGUGAAGGAUGAUGACCGCUCCUCUACAUUAGGCAGCUUGACUAUUCCUCUGAGCCGUAUUCUGGAGAGCCAUGAACUCACCUUGGACCAGUGGUUCCAGCUGGAGAAAUCAGGCUCAGCCAGUCGCCUUUAUGCCAAAAUUGUGCUGAGGAUUUUGUGGCUAAGCGAUGAGGCCUCUCCAACAACUCCAUCUCCACCCUCUUCAGGAUCAGGAUCAGGAUUGGGGCAGGAAGAAACCAGUUCAAACCAGAACUCUACAGGGCCCGGCGGGCUAACUAAACCUCAGCCAUCCCGACCACAGAACACCACCCCUGACCCAGAGUUUGCAACUGAGGGAGUGUUACGAAUCCAUCUGGUGGAGGCCCAAAACCUGAUAGCCAAGGACAACUUCAUGGGGGGCAUGGUGAAAGGCAAGAGUGACCCUUACGUCAAAAUCCGCGUUGCUGGUAUAACAUUCCGCAGCCACACCAUCAAGGAGAACCUCAAUCCUGUCUGGAAUGAACUUUAUGAGGUGAUUUUGACCCAACUUCCAGGUCAGGAAAUCCAAUUUGAGCUGUUUGAUAAGGACAUUGAUCAGGAUGACUUCCUUGGAAGGUUUAAACUUAACCUAAGAGACAUCAUCAGCGCCCAGUUUGUUGACACGUGGUACACUCUAAAUGAUGUGAAAUCAGGUCGUGUUCACCUGGUGAUGGAGUGGCUUUCCAGAGUGACUGACCUACAAAGACUGGAUCAGGUAUUACAGUAUCAGUCCCAACAGUCGUACCAAAACAAGGUUGUGCCAUCAGCAGCCGUGUUGUUUGUGUAUGUGGAGCGUGCCCACGGCCUGUCGCUUAAGAAGAAUGGAAAAGAGCCGAAAGCUGGAGUAGAGGUUACGCUUAAGAAUGUUUCACACAAAACCAAGAUUUGUGAGCGAUCCACAUCUCCUCGAUGGGAUGAGGCAUUUCAUUUUUUGGUUCGUGACCCCAGAGAUGAAACCCUCACAGUAAAGCUUUCUCACAGCUGGGGUCAGAGCCUGGGGUCCCUGACCGUCCAUCUGAAAGAGGUGUUGACUGAGCCCGGCUUAGUGCGGGACCAGUGGUUCAGUCUGGAUGGAGCGCUGCCAGAGAGUCAGAUACUGCUUAGAGUCAAUCUCAAGAUAUUGGACAGUCAGUUAGCCGUGUGUCCCAGCGCAGGUGGGGAUGGUAGCGUAGAACAGGUCAUUCCCAAAUGGGAUCCUCUGCAUCUCGAUCUGAAGCACAGAACUGGAUUUUCCAUCGUCGCUGAGAAUGCAAACUCAGCUGGACAAGUAAAGCUUACCAUCGGCUACUCUGCAGAAGAAAGCAGGCUUUUCAUCAUCAUUCACUCCUGCAGAGCCCUGGCAGCCUGCUCCAAGGAUGGCGCUGACCCAUAUGUUUCUUUUGUCCUGCUGCCCGACAAGAAGGCCACAACCAAAAGAAGAACCACCACCAAGAAGAGAGACCUCAACCCAGAGUUCAAUGAGAGGUUUGACUUUGAUUUUACUCUGGAGGAGUCCAUGCAGAAAAGACUGGAUUUGUCCGUGAAGCACAGCAGCUCCUUCAUGAGCCGAGAGAAGGAGGUGAUUGGCAAGUUGCAGCUUGAUCUGGACCAAAUCGACCUCAAGGCUGGCGUCACACAAUGGUAUGAUCUAGUUGCAGAAAGCAACUAGAAGAAUCCCAUAUCCAGUACCAUUGAACAUAAGCCUUGUGUCGCUUCUGUUAUCUGUGAUUUCAUGCUUUUGUAAUUCAGCUUAGAUGAAAUAUUCCACCAUCACUGAAACAAAAUAAAGUAAUUUGUGCCUCA